AUGGCCGACGUGGACAUGACGGACGCUCCCGUCCAGGCAGUCGCUACGAAGAAAUCCAGUGGCUCAGAGGGUAAAGCCACCGAUGGAAAGAAGCGCUUUGAGGUCAAAAAGUGGAAUGCUGUUGCGUUGUGGGCUUGGGAUAUUGUUGUCGACAACUGCGCCAUCUGCAGAAACCACAUUAUGGAUCUUUGUAUCGAGUGCCAGGCCAACCAGGCCUCGGCGACCAGUGAGGAGUGUACGGUGGCUUGGGGGAUAUGCAACCACGCAUUCCACUUCCAUUGCAUAUCGCGAUGGCUCAAGACUCGACAAGUAUGUCCUCUGGACAAUCGUGACUGGGAAUUUCAAAAGUAUGGCCGUUAA